GCGUUUCGAGCGAUCGGAACGGGUUACGGUUCGGUGCAGGUGGAAGCUUACGGUUUAUAAGUGAUUUCUCUGGAGAGACUCACAUCGAUUAAUUGGCGUUCGAAAGCGACGGUUCGGGCAAGAAAAUUAUAACAGCCUCCAGCUGGUGCACCAGAUAGUGUAAUGAAUGUGAUUAAAUUCAAACUUCCGGUUAGCUUUGAGCCCAAGUGCAAGGCAUACCGUAGUCGGCGAAGAAUUCCUCGCAGCGCUCAUACUACACCGGACACACUGUUCAGCCUGUGCGAGCUAGCACUCCGGAAGUUGCUGGGUGGCGGAGUACCGCGCAGAAAGUUCUGGCCAACCGUACUGUCUUUGCUGCCAGGGACCGAGUCACGCCGACUCGGUGUGCGGCACCAGCUGGAGUGCCCACAGGAUUUCAACAUCCAUCUCAGGUCCAGCGUAAACUAUGCCAAUCACUGGAGUCUGCUGACGGAAUCGUUACGCCACGAACCGCGCUGGCCACGGAUACGCAUCGGUGAUCCGGCUCGCAACCGGAUUACACGCCUCCACCAGGACUACCCAUCGCAGCACAUCUGGCAGAUCCGACCGUACGACAUGCUGACCAGUGCAUUUAUCGUUCGCACGGCAGCCAAAAUAGCGUCCCUAGAACAGCAGCGCUCCCAGGGCAGGUUUAGAAGCGGGCGAACGCUUUCCUCUCUAACCGCGACCACCAUCACCACCGCGACUACCUCCUCUUCCGGACGGCGGCUGAGUCGGGAACGAUCGAUCGAUGUGCCGGACAGUGACCAGGAUGACCAGCAGCGAGUGCAGCAGCUACAGCGGCAACAGCUAAUGGUAAUCGGCAAACGCACGACCGGAAGUUACGAGCUACGGCUGAAUAGCAGCGCAUCAGUUAAAACCUCCAGACGGAAGAGACCCACGCGCUAAAGGAUAAAACACUCCCAUCCCGCGUAACAUAGUUUUGUGUCGGCCGCACUUACCUGCACUACUAUUAUCACAGAAUCAUUUUGUAAUGGACCGUAGAUGUCCUCGUUGAGAACAGUCUGCAGGUCAUUAUAGCGGUGUAUCAUGCGCAGGAUGUCGCUAAUGUUGGCCGUCCGGGUCCCCUCGCCUCCAAAGUGUG